CUCCACCUCUUCCCUCCCUCCCAUCCCCCCGCUUCACUCGUUCUGCCCAACCUAGACAGUCUCGGGUCUUUCAAUUAGAAGAACGCCAGAGGGGCCGUGCUUCUGAUUGGUCAGAAUUCAGGAGGUGGAUUUAACAGAGCGAAAUAAGGCAUUAAAUGGUGAAAAAGGAAGUCAGUCAGACGCCGAGUCCCGCCCUCGGAGAUUGGCGGGUAACCUAGCAACGCGAGGACAGAGAAACCACUGUGGGGGAGAGAUACUGGAUCCUUCAGAGCAGGGUUGCUGGGGACAGAAAGCACAUCAAGAGGGCACACAGACAUGACUGCCCCCCACAUGGCCAGGGACACCCCGGCCUUGGCCCCCCUCUGCCAAGCCCCUGACGUCAGCCGAAUCCCGCUGAAGAUAGAGCUGUCUCCAAAGCAGGCCGAGCCGCUGAAACCCUUGGUCCCCUCGAAGUCCAAACUCAUCACCAUUGAGGCCAAGAGGAUCGUGUCUGUGCUGGAUGAGGCCAUCUUCAAGGUGGAGCUGGUCACCCUGCUGUGGGACGCGGCGGGCCAUCCGGAGGCCCUGGUGGGGAUGUGUGAAGGCCUCUUGGGAGCACUGAGCGAGCACAGGGCCCUCUGCCAGGCCCUGCUGGAGAGCGUGAGUGACCUGCAGGAGAAGGCGCGGCGGCUGCAGGAGGAGGAGGAGGAGGCUGAGGAGGCCUGGCUCUGCGACCGCCGCCUGUCUAUGGAGCUGCACAAAGUCAGCCUCCCACCACUCAUGCAGCAGGUCAGGGACUCCACCAAGAACACCCUGAGGCUCUUGCUUGGCAACCCCCAGGCUACCAAGCUCCUGCAGAUGCAGGCGUUUCACAGAAGCACAGGGGCCCAGCGCUUUAUGGAGGGCCUGGUGGAGCUGCGGGGCUUCCUGUUCGAGAAGCUGCUCACCAGCCCCAUGCAGGUACGGGAGAAGGCCCAGUUCUUGCAGGACAUCAGCAGACGGAACCAGAGGAACCAGGAGGACAUUGACACGCUCAAGAGAGAACUGGCGGUGAGGCUGAAGAACAGGGACGCAGAGGUGGAGAAGGAGAACUUUGUGAUCCAGGAGCUGAAGAACCACCUGCAUCAGGUGCUCAAGCUCUCGGAGCACAGCCUGCUGCGCACCAAGCAGGAGGCUGAGAAGCAGCAGAAGCUGGACUUCCGCGCCUCGCAGGUCAGGAUGGCCAAGACGCAGCAGGAGAUCCUGACGCUGCGCUCGCAGUACCACAGCCUGGUGUCCGAGAACCACGAGGUGGAGCAGGCGCUGCGCAAGAAAAAAUAUAAAGUGGAGACAGAAGUCGAGAACUGGAUCCAGAAAUACGACACAGAGAUGGGUGAAAAGCAGGAGGAGUUUGAGGACCUGCAGACGGUCCACAAGGACGAGAAGCAGCAGCUGGAGGAGCUGAGGCAGCGGCACCAGGUGCUGGUGGAGGAGUUCAGCCAGAUCCAGGCUGAGCGGGAGGUCAUGGCCAAGAAGAGGCUGGAGGCGGAGCGCGAGAUGCUGCGCAUGGUGCGGGCGGCCACGCUCAUCCAGGCCGUGUGGAAGGGCUACCUGGUGCGCUCCAUGCUGCACUCCAAGAGGAAGAAGCGCGGCAAGGGCAAGGGCAAGAAGUGAGCCCGGCCCAGCCCGGGUCGAGGUCAGGCCAGCGAGGCACCGAACUCGGAGCCCUGCCUUUCACAGCUUGAAUGAGUUUCUUCAAAUUAAAAGAAUUUAAAGGUUUA